GCCGUGCGAUGCAGUGAGGUGCACUCACUGCGGACGUCUCAUCGCUAGGUUUGCGAAUUACAACAGCGCGACGUAGCUGUGUGUCGGAAAAGCUGCGACGAAGCACCAGGCGCCGUUGAGCAAGCAUACAAUAUCUGCUCCAAAUCUUCGAGUUGUUCCAAAAGAUAAUUAGGAGGCUUUUGAGACCCACAACGAUCCCUGCGCCCAGGGAUCCCAUCCCUAUGGGUUAGGGUUGAGUCUCAGGUCCAUGCGCCACGUAGGCACGGGCCCAGGCAAGCGAGAGUGCUAACAGCUAGAGUCUCAACAGCAAGGGAAAGUCAUUCAAACAGAGGGUCUCAAGGCGAUCCUAAGCAUUACCCUGCAAGCAGUCUUAGACUCCCACAAUGCAACCCCACCAGAGGCAUAAUGGCACGGAGCAGCACCAGUUACAGCAUCAGCCGGAGGCGCGAAAUCCCACAAUUCACCACCGUUUGCGUCCGCAAGCCUUACAGGUGCAGCGCCAAUGCGCGCUCGAUGCGCUAAGCCUCCCGCGCGAGUGCUCCCCCAGCAUGAUGCCCCGCUCCCCCCUUGGACCGCAGACGCGCAAGCCGCACCUCUCUUUGAACGUCCCUUCCCCAUCAUCACUCCCCCAAACCCCCACCCCCUCCUGCCCUCCGCAAGCCGCAGCAGCCUCUACCGCUGCGGCGUCGUCGCCCGCUCACUCCGUCUACUCCCCCGGCCCUGCGUCCGCUCCCGCGGGUCCUCCGCAUCCCCCUCCUUCCGCCUCUCUUCUGCGCCGAUCUUCCGUGUCGACUCUUCCGGAGCCGAAGCAGGGCAUAGUGCUCUCAAACACUUGCGGCGGCCGGGCUUCUGCCAACCGCAGACAGCAAGCUGACGCCACGACGACGCAGGAACAGCGGCAGAAGGAGCAGCUCCGCGCGAGCGGCUACUCUCACGCUGCGCGUGACCCGCAGCCGCAGCAGCCGCAGCAGCCGCAGCAGCCGCAGCAGCUGCUUCCGCUCACGACCGACGAGCAAUGGGAGCGAAUCUUGGCGGCGAGACGGGAAGCGCGACGCAGGGCUAUAAUCAGCAGUACCACUAGUAGUAAGAUCGAAACAGGCGGUAGUAGAGCCAGUCGAGCCGCUGCUGCUGCAGCUGCUGGGAACAGCGCGCCGCGCGGAGGGCUGCAGCGCUCGGCCGGCAGCUGCGACGUCUGGCGGCUCGUCCAGUCGGCGGACGCGCGAGAAUGCGACUCGUCGGCGAGAGCUCACUCCCCGUGCGCUGGUCGUUUCGGGAGGGGGAAGAGCGGCGCUGCCGUCACCGCUGCGGGGAAGGGGUUGGACCGCCUGGCGCGGAGCAGCGGGAGCUGCGACAUGGCGCGGGUGGUGCAGAUGCUAGAGGACGAGAUGGACUGGGAGGAGGGGGCUGCGCACGCGGCGCACGCGGCGGUGGAGUGCAACCGGACAAUUUCUACUACUACUAAUAGCAGUCGCACCCGUGAAACGCGCGGAAACGAGGGUUUGAACGGUGCUGGUGAGAGCUGCGCGCCGCACUCAGGCGUAAGAAGCCUAAGCGUGGCUGUUCGCGGACCGUCUCGCUGCUCGAGCCCGUCUACGCCUCGCGGUCCGCGGAAGUCGCGCACUCCGCGCGAUUCGCGCAGUCCGAUCGACGCGAGUAGGGGGCGCGGGCCGAGGGGCUCUCCGCUGCGGCGUGUGGAUGCGCACAAGGCGACCGCGACUUCCACUGGUAGCAGCCUCGCAAGUUUUAAGAAUCGCCGGGAGUGGGAUGCGGAUUCGCCGAAACGAGCAGCAAGCGGUGGCAGUUGUACCGGCGCUGGCGGCAGCGGCGGCGCCGGCGGCGGGACCUGCCUUCGUCGCAGCGGCGGCAGCCACGACGUCGCGUCAUUGCUGCGCGAUCAUCGUGAUGUCGAAGAGGGCGCCCAUAAGAGGCCGUCGCACGCGUCUCCCAGCCCUCUGAAUCCCGUCGCUCAGCGCGUCGCUCUGUCCUCGUCGGCGUCGUCCAGGGCAGACCACAUCGUUAGAAACGCGUCCUCGCGAUCCGCGAAAGCGUUGCCCGUCAACAGCGCCGGAGCAGCAGGUCGAGCGAACAGGCUGGGCAACAGCAGCGGAAGCUGCGAUGUGGCGGAGCUUUUGCGCCAGUUGCGGAACGACGAGGGAGAAGUGGCGGAAGCGGAGGAGGAAGUGGCGGAAGCGGAGGGGGCUGAGCCAGAGCUGCGACGCACUUCCGCCCCAUGUGCUCGCUUCCUCAGCUGCAGCGAAGCCUCUCGGGCGGUGGAGCUGGUUGCGCGCGAGUGGGGCAGAGGCGAUCAGGAAAGGCGGGGGCAACCACAGUGGCGAUUGGUUGCGCAGAAUGGAUCCGCUAAUACCCCCUCCGCUGCCACAACAUCUACAGUACACAACUCAACCGUCCCACCACUACAUCAAUAUUCAGCUGUUACCGGAAAGCGGAGUGAUUUGCACCAACGCUCCGCCUCCAUGUCAGCAACAGCCACCAGUUUUGCGACCACUGGAUUCAUCAGCAAGGUUACACACAGUGAUAUUGUAACCAGCACUGUGAAGCCCCAUCCCCCUAACGUUGUAGACUACAACUGUUCGCGUAAGUCUCACCGCAGAAACACAUCGUGGCCUUCCCAAAAUCCAAUCUCUAGUGAAGGCUCGGCACACAAGAGUAUCAAACAUUCUCAGUCGUCGCCAUUUCCGGAUCCACAUCUGCAUUCCUCUCACGCGUCCACUGCCCAUGGUGCUCUAAGGGCUGGCUCCACCCUCAUCACUCCUCCCCCAGUCAACCCUUCCCUGCUUGCUGCUGCUGCUGCUCCUGUUGCUGCUCCUCCUGCUGCUACUGCUGCAGCCGCUGCUACCGAAGCCAGCCACACAUUGACAGACUUCGGCUCGCAGCAUUUGCCAGCUGCAUCGCAAGCGCCUGGUUCGUGCUCGGAUGAAAUCGCGGUAGAUUCUGACGACGAGUUUGUGGGAUUGUAUUGGGCAGCCAUGGAUCACAGGAAGGCGGCCUCUGCUGCAAUUUCCACAGCCAUGCAUCACCUCGGAUUGGAUGGGGAUGGCAUUGUGGUUCCUGAACUGAAGGGACAGAGGCACCAGCGCCAGCACCAGCAACAACACCAAAGCCAGCAUGGAGGCAAGGGCAAUGUUUUCCGCUCACGCAGUCAUCGUGACAGCAAUGCCAGAAGCAGCAGCAGCAGCAGCAGCAGCAGCGCUGUUUCCGUUGCUUGCAAGUCAGCCGGAGAUGCAAGCAGUAGCCACAAGGGAAGUAAAUAUCUCACCAUCAAUCCCCAUCCGCAAUCUGGAACCUAUGAGAAUAGCCACCGUCGUCGCAGCUUCACCCUUGGUGACGUCAGCCCUUCACCACCUGCCAGCAGCAACUCUGUAAUCGCUGCCGGUACACAUGAAAAGGGAAUGAGGUGCAGCCGGGAAGAUAUUGUGGCAACUGCUGAGGCUCAGGGAAGCCUUUUCAAGGGUUCAAGUCGUAGGAGGCACAGUGGGAGUAGUGCUAAUCAGGCAGCAUUUUGGGAAGGAGUGGGUGGUCACACCUACAGCAACCGCAGCCACUGCAGUCAUACCAGCAGUAACCAGUUUUCGACACGGCUGCCUCACACUCUGUCAGACCCUUGGGCUUUUGAUGCCUAAGACUUGGCCAUGAGGGGCAAUCUGACUGGGUGAUCAGAGCACAGGGCAAGGAGGUUCAGCAAUGCUUGUGUCUGUGAAGGAGUAACAGUAGCAAGUGCAGCAGGGUAUACAGUGCAGGACCCACUGAAAGAGACCUUCAUAGAAGCUACAUGCAUGAUGUACGGAGCAGGUCAUUGAACUAGAAUGAGAGAUACAGGCAGGGGUGAUUUUCUCAUACUAUUCUAGUCUGAUUGUCUGAAAUUUCAGACACAUUUUUUGGCCACU